AUCAUCGAUUCCCCCCCCCCCCCAUAUACCCUCCGGCUCUCCUUCCCUCCUCCCUUACUCGGAGCUUUCACCGCCGUUAGUUGUACGGAUGACCCGCCACCGCCACCCCACGUCACCGACUCUGAGAACCACAAUAACCGCCAUAUAUCCCAAACUCAGUAUAUAUAACUCUCUCUCUCUCUCUAGAAAUGGCUCACCGAUCAUUGAAGCGUCUCUUCAAUAAUAUUCUCGGAGAAGCGGGGAAUGUGGGAGUGAACAAAGAAAGUUUGGGUGGUGCCCGGAUCUAUAUGUGGCUAGAUUAUACUAAAAACUUUUUGAAGAGACAGGGGACGUAUCAGAGUUAUGUGUAUAGUCUUCUUAAUAGGUUUCAGCUGCAACGGUCAAAAGUAGAUAAGGUAGAAGCAGAUAUAUUGAAAGAAGCAAAGGAUUCACCUCAAGUUUCUUUCAAGUCUAAAGUUGAGAGGGCAAUUGGCAAUGAUUCUAGUCUCAGCAAACACAGUUGUGAUAACGAUCUGAGCGAUAGAAAGUGGAGGCUAGAGCUCGCUUGGCUAACAAAGGCUCUUGAACCAGCUCUGCAAUUGUGUAGGUGGGCUCUGCCAACAGGAAAUGGAUUUGGAAACAAACCCCCACCGACCAGUCGCUCUGUUACAGAAAUCAUUGCAAGCAUUCAACGCAGUAAGAUUGGGAUCCAGGAUUGGAGCUUGAGCGAUCUUACAAUCGGCCUAUAUCUUAUCUACCUUCGUCAAGCAUCUACAAAUCCAUUUGAAGAUGUUAAGGGCGUUCAGAUCUCAUCAGAUUCAAUAGUGCAAGAUCUCCUCUACCACCUGGAGUUAGCAAAAGGUGCUUAUAAGGAUAAUGCUGCGGUUCUUGCAAGGAUCAGCAUGAUUCGAGAAAAUAAUGUUUUGAAGUUUGUAAAAAAUUCCAGUCUGAUGAGGCCUGGAUAUUAUAUUGGGAUUGAUACCCGUAGGAAACUUGUAAUUCUUGGAAUCCGUGGCACUCACACUGUCUAUGACCUUAUCACUGACAUUGUUUCUUCGAGUGAUGAAGAAGUGACAUUCGAAGGUUAUUCCACUCACUUUGGGACUGCUGAAGCUGCUCGUUGGUUUCUCAUUCAUGAGAUAGGAACCAUUAGAAACUGCUUGGAGAAAUAUAAGGGAUAUAGGUUAAGGCUUGUGGGUCAUUCUCUUGGAGGUGCUAUAGCUUCUUUACUAGCAAUAAUGCUCCGUAGAAAGUCAUUUAAGGAGCUAGGAUUUAGCCCUGAAAUUGUUUCUGCUAUCACAUAUGGCACUUCACCUUGUGUCUCCAGAGAACUUGCUGAAAGCUGCUCUGAUUACGUUACAACCGUUGUUAUGCAGGAUGAUAUCAUUCCUCGGUUAAGUGUAGCUUCUCUAACAAGGCUGAGGAAUGAAAUCCUUCAAACUGAUUGGAUGAGUUUGGUUGAGAAGGAAGACUGGAAAAAUGUAAUAGAUUUGGUUGCAAAUGCAAAGCAGGUUGUGUCUUCGGUGCAAGAUGUAGCUUGGAAACUUGCUGAUUAUGCAAAUUUCAGGAACAAAAGAACUUCUGACGGUUCCUUCACAAGGGAGUCACCUGCUGCCCCUGUAUUCCCUUCAACCUCCAAAACAGCAAAAGAGAAUGCUGUUGUCAUCGAAAAGGAAGGAGCUAACCGUAUGUUGUCUGAAGAGUUAUUUGUGCCAGGGACUGUUUUUUGUCUAAAGAGGAAUGCAGACACACAGGAUGGCAUUAGCGGGGAGUUUUUCACACUCUGGAAGAGACAUCCAGGCGAACAUUUUCAAAGGAUAGUGCUCUCAAGCAACUUAAUUUCAGACCACAAGUGUGAUAGCCAUUACUAUGCUUUAAGAGAUGUACUCAAAGGUCUGCCAGAGUCUGAUGACGAGGGUAUUUCCAGAUGAAUAGAAACAUAAUAAUGCUUGAUGAUGAGUUUGUUUGUAGGAUAAUUUUUUCCUUUAUUAUUCCUCUGGUCCUAUUAAAUGUGUUUAUAUAGGUCACUUUAGCUUUUAUGUAAUCAUUAUAAUCAGUCUUGGCAAAUUUUAUGGGGGCAA